AUGUCUAUGCUAGGCCAGAAGGUCAAAGCCAUCAAGGCGGCCUUCAGCAGCAAGCAGGCUUUCCUCGCCGCCAUUGAGACCAAGGAGUCUGCUCAAGGACGACUCGCAAACCGCAAUCCGUGGACAAAUGAAGAUCUCGGCAUCAGCCCGAAGAAGGACUGGACUUGGGGUUGGUGGGACUAUGCUGCCUUUUGGUGGUCCUAUGGCUUCUCGACCGGAGUAUGGACGGCGGGCUCCUCCCUCGUAUCCCUCGGCAUGACAUCGUGGCAGGCCAUCAUCUGCAUAUUCGUCUCCCAUCUCCUGGGCGCCAUAGGAAUGGCGAUGCACUCCCGCUCGUCGGCCACCUACCACUUCGGGUUUCCAAUCGCCAGCCGGAUCCCCUGGGGCCUGCGGGGAGGCUACUUCCCCGUCUUCGUGCGGGUUCUCGUGGGCACGAUCUGGGUCGGCGUCCAGCUGGUCCAGGGAGGCUACUUUGUUGCCGUGCUCUUCAGCGCUGUGUUUGGCGAGGGGUUCGCCAACAUGAAGAACACAUCCCGGAUAGAUAACCACCCUCCCUCUCUUGAGCGUGCCUAUUCCGAAGGUUCGAUUGCUCUUCACUAUCAAAAGUCUGUCGUCCUGCCUCCGAUUGUCAUCGGGCUGUUCGUCUUCUGCAUGCUACAAGCUCGCGACUCCGGCGAAGCGGCCGGCACAUUCUCGCAGACAGGAACGCUCAAGGGCUCCGCACUCGCGUGGGCCAUGCUGGGCGGCAUCAACUCGGUAAUGGGCAAGACGAGCACCAGCAUCGUGAACCAGCCGGACCUAGCGCGGUACGCCCGCACGCAGACGGCGCCGACAUGGUCGCAGCUCAUCGCGCUGCCCAUCGGCAACACGCUGUGCGCAACGCUCGGCAUCUUCGGCACGAGCGCGAUCCGCGCCGGCUGGGGCGAGGCGAUCUGGAACCCCUGGGACCUGUGCAGCGCAAUCCUCGACCGCUACGGCAGCGGCCACGCGGGCGCGCGCGCCGGCGUCGCCGUCGUGGCCCUGGGCUUCGUCUUCUCCAUCCUCGGCAGCAACCUCGGCGCCAACGUGAUCCCCUGGGGCGCCGAUACCGCGGUGCUGUUCCCGCGCUACAUCAACAUCCGCCGCGGCAUGUACAUCUCGUACGUGCUGGGCGUCGCCGUCUGUCCCUGGCGUAUCCUCAAGAGCGCCUCCAGCUUCCUGCAGUUCCUGGGCGGCUACAGCAUCUUCCUGGGCCCCUUCGUCGGCAUCUUCCUCACGGACUACCUGGUGUGUCGCAGGGGCAAUAUGUACGUGGCCGACUUGUACACGCCGGGCGGCCGGUAUUGGUACCGGCACGGGGCCCACUGGCGCGCGGCGGUGGCCUACGUCGUCGCCGUGGUCCUUCCCAUCCCCGGGUUCGCGCAGACGUUCGGCGAGCCUGUGCCACUAGCCUGGUUGCGGAUCUACCAGGUCGGUUGGCUGCUUACGUGUACGCUUAGUAGUGUCGUCUACUGGCUUCUGUGCUUUGUUGGGGACGUCGCUGUGGACGAGAAGCAGAUGGCGUUCGAAGCGAUCGCGUGGGAGCAGUUGGAGCCGUAUAUUGAGCCGGAAACGGAGCGAAUACAGGGCCGGGAGCCACCCGUAGUCGAAGCUGUGGGCGUGAUCAACGAGCCGAAAGCGUAG